AUGAGAGUUGGUCGUCUUUAAACUCUCGCGAAAACGAAGAGGAACCAUGCUUUACCCGCACAAUAUCCGCCCUGUUUAUUUUUAUGUAGGACAUUAAUCGCCACAUUUAACGUUUGAGCAGUGAACGGUGAGCUCUGGUGCAGUACGGCGUGUUUAACUCUUCCUUACUAUGGCUGUGACUUUACAUACGGACCUUGGCGACAUAAAAAUCGAACUGUUCUGUGAACGAGCCCCGAAAUCGUGUGAGAAUUUUCUUGCACUGUGCGCCAGUGGCUUUUACAGUGGAUGCAUCUUUCAUCGAAACAUAAAAGGUUUUAUGGUCCAGACAGGAGACCCCACAGGCACAGGCAAAGGUGGAACAAGUAUUUGGGGACGGAAGUUUGAAGAUGAAUUUAGCGAACAUUUAAAGCACAAUGUCAGGGGUGUGGUUGCAAUGGCAAGCAGUGGACCAAACACCAACGCCUCUCAGUUCUAUUUCACCUACGCCAAGCAACCUCAUUUGGAUAUGAAAUACACUGUGUUUGGAAAAAUAAUAGAUGGCUUGGAAACUCUAGACGAACUGGAGAAGCUCCCUGUCAAUGAGAAGAAUUUUCGGCCUUUGAACGAUGUCCGCAUUAAGGAUAUUACUGUUCACGCAAAUCCAUUUGCGGGUUAACGGUGUUCAUCUUUACGGACUAAGGAGGUGGUUUGUGCCCGACAGUAAUAGUCUUGUAUGAAUUCAUUACUGUUGUAUGAUGUCAUACUCGUGAUGGAGUUUAAUGUCUGUACAGAAUACUUUGCAAAUGUUUUUUACUUUUGUGAUAUUGUGUAUUUUACAUUGUUACAUUUUUUCUUUAGUUGAUUUUUGUUUGUAAUCAUUUAAUUGUUUUUCUGUUCAAAACGUCUGUAAUUUGAAAAGUAAAUCAAUGGACAGAGUUUGUGCAGACUUACAAUUUAAUGUUUUUGUUCAUUUAUACUGAUUCUCACUAGUCUACAUAAAAAAAAGAAAAUAUAGUGGAGUAAACUAAGA